CGUUCUAUACUCGUGUUUUCAUUUUUUCAUAUUUAAAUCGAAAAAUCAUGGAAAAUUCUCAUGAUUAUCGAAAUAAUGAUGCUGAUGAUUAUCCCUCGGAUUAUGAAGUAGAAUUGAAAAAUUCAUUAGCUGAAUCUCGUAGAUGUAAUCGUAAAUGGAUACAAUAUGCAGAACUCUCUUCAGAUGAAGAUGAAAGUGACAAUGAUUCUCAUGAAUGGACAAGCAUUACCGAUUCUUUAGUUGAAAAUUUUGAACAUUCUAAUUUACUUAUGACCGAUUCCAGCUGUGAAUCUGAUGUUGAUCCAUCAAGUGAUUCUCCUCAUGAAUCGACGAUUGAUGAUUCAUCAUCAGAACAAACCACCGAUACAGAUUCUUAUUUUUUUGCACAUGAAUGGUUUACCGAAGAUGAAUCCGAUAUUGAUUAUGAUGACCAAAUUUCUGAUGAAAUGAACAAUGUUAAGGAUGACGAAUCAAUUAGUUCACAUGCAGAUUCACAAACAUGUUCGGAAAAACGAAAUUUUCAAACAAUGAAUGAUGUUAUUGAUCAUGAAAAUAAUAAUCAGCAACAUAAACGUUUGAAAUUUCAAAAUGAUACGCAUUCAAAUCAAUAUAAUCAUGAAAUGAACAUUGAAAUUUCCAUGAAAAUCUCUGUGACUGAUGAAGACGAUUCUUCUACCGAUAGUGAUUCGAAUGAUUUAUCCAGUUUUAAUGAUACUGAUUCUUCUACCAAUGAUAAAACUAAUGUCGACGAUUCUCAUGAUAGCAAUGACAUUUUAGAUGAUGAAGAAUUGAAUUCAAUUAAGAUUUCUCCAAUAAAGAUAGAGAAUGACAUUGUCAACGAAAAACUUACUGAAUGCCAAAUAGAAAAAAAUGAGAAAUCAUCCGAUACCAUUAAAGAGUGUUUGACUAAAAAUGACGAUUCUAAUUUGCCAAAUGACGAUGAAACAUCUAAAAUGUCUCAAAUACCUUCUUUCCUUGAUCAUCCUCCGUCCAACAUACUGACUAGAAGACGCAUUCGAGAAAUAUUCCAUUUUCAAGAUUUGGAUUUGGACACUCAAUUGGCAAUUCAAAUGGAAGAGGAACGUUCUAAACGUAUUAUGGAAAAAAAUCGAAUACUUGAUAAAUUUGCCGAAUCUGAUCCUGAUUUUGAUUCACGUGUCAUUUUAGAAUUUGAUCCGCUAAAUGGAAAAGUAUUGCUUGAAGUUGAUCAAGGCAUCGUGAAAAUUUUAAAACCUCAUCAACGUGAUGGCAUACGUUUCAUGUAUGAUUGUACUAUUGAAACUUUUGAUAGAUUAUUAAAUCAUCAACAUCAAUCUGGCUGUAUUCUUGCCCAUUCAAUGGGAUUGGGUAAAACAUUACAAAUAGUAGCCUUCCUUCAAGCCAUUAUGACUAAUCCGAUCAUCAAUAAAUUUAUCCGUAAAGUUUUGAUCAUCGUACCGUGCAAUGUUCAAAAAAGUUGGGUAGAAGAAUUUUCUAAAUGGAAAAAUGAAUACAUUGACCAUAAAGCAUUAAAUUUAUUCGAUUUAUCCAAUGCUAAGACAAUACCGGAACGUAUUCGAGUGUUGGAACAAUGGCAUCAAAAAGGUGGCAUAUUUUUGCUCACCAUAACCAUGUUUCGUCUUUUGUUUACAAGUAAAAAAAAGGAAUUGAAGCUAGUACAACCAUCAUUACGGAAAUUUUUACUUGAUCCUGGUCCUGAAAUGGUCAUUUUUGACGAAGGUCAUCUGUUGAAAUCAAGCAGUAGCCAAAUCAAUAAUGUUGCAUCACAGAUUCGUACGCUUCGACGAGUGGUUCUAACUGGCACACCAAUGCAAAACAAUUUAGGUGAAUUUUAUGUUAUGGUUGAUUUCAUAAAACCUCGGCUUUUGGGUUCAAUUGAAGAGUUUCGGAAUCGUUUCGAGAAUCCAAUCAAAAAUGGACAACAUAUCGACUCAACCAUUUUUGAUGUGGCCAUAAUGAAAAAACAUGCAUUCGUUCUGCAUAAAAUGCUAUCAUUCUCUAUCAAUCGUUGCAAUUAUAAAGUUCUUGUUCCAUUUUUACCUCCCAAGUACGAAUACGUGCUUUAUCUUCGAUUAUCGUCAAUACAAUCAAAAUUGUACAAACAUCAUUUAAAUUCUUUAUUAUCUUAUGAUAGUAAACACCUUAUCAAAGAUUUCUGGUCAUUUGCUAAAAUCAAUAAUCAUCCUGUAUUGUUUUUAGAUCCCAGCGAUGAAGAUCUCACAACAUGCGAUACUGUUGAUGAUUACAAUGAUGACGAUAAAGAAAGUAAACCAAAAUCUUCAUUGAAAACUAGAGCCAGCAAUAAUACUGCACAGAAAACAUUGGUUACUGCUUCGGGAUAUUAUAAACAUUUACUUGGUGAUGAACUAAAAAAUCUAGAAGAUAUCGAUACAAGUGUUAAAUUCACCAUCACCUUUGCCAUACUAGAUCAUUGUCAAGAAAUUGGUGAUAAAUUGUUAAUCUUUUCACAAAGUCUACGCACUUUAGAUCUAAUUGAAAAGUUACUAAAAUCGAUAAAAGGUAAAUGGGAAAAAGGUGUCGAUUAUUUUCGUAUUGAUGGCUCAGUGAAAAUUGAACGAAGAGAUCUUAGUACUAAACUUUUGAAUGAUCCAAAAAACAAAAAAGCUCGUCUAAUGUUAAUAUCAACACGUGCAGGUGGUAUUGGCAUAAACCUUGUUGGAGCCAACCGAUGUAUCAUUUUUGAUUGUUCAUGGAAUCCAGCAAACGAUGUUCAAGCUUUAUUUAGAAUUUUCCGUUUUGGACAGGUGAAACCUGUCUAUAUUUAUCGUUUAGCUGGCUAUGGUACAAUGGAAAAUCGUGUCUAUCAACGACAAAUUUCUAAACAAUCAAUAUCAGGUCGUGUCGUAGAUUUAAAUCAAAUACGUCGACAUUUUACUCGUAUGGAAUUGGAAGAGUUAUAUACAUUUACUGAAAAACCGGAUAAAAUUGAGAUUCCAAUUGUACCGGUUGAUCAAUUAUUGGCAAAAUUAUUGAAAAAACAUCUGAAUAAAAUAAUCUCAUAUCAUGAUCACGAUUUUUUACUUGAAAAUCUUCCCGAAGAACAGCUAAGUAAUGAUGAUAAACUAUUAGCAUGGAAAGAAUGGCGAGACAAAUGUUUUGAACAGCAAAAUAACAUCGAUGAUGAUGGUGAUACUGUUGAAAUCAAAAAUGAUCCACCUAAACUUAAUGAUGAUGAUGAUGAUGAUGAUGGAAAACGACAAUGA